UAAGUCUUCAUGAAGUAUUAAAAUCAAAACUUAUAUUUAGUCGAGAGUGAACGUUGGUCAAAAGCGGACAAAAAAUUUCAACGAAAAAGAGAAAAAAUUAAAAAAGAUAAAAACUAACGGUUCUUUUUUUGCAAAAAAAAAACACAAAUCGUAUUAUUAAACAUCGAAACGUUAAAUCUUCUACAAAUGUUAACAAAAGGCUAUUAUAGUGCGUAAACAUUUAUUUAACAGUUGCCAAAGUUAAAAAAUAUUUAGAUAAUAAAUAAAAAAUAUAAAAAAUCAAUAAGAAAAAGGAAAACAAAAUGUACCCGCCUCAACAGCAUCAACCAAAAAUGCCCAUACCCAUAAGACCAAGGUCAUCACUUUCGACAGACGAACAUCAUCAUCGGAUGAAAGAGACGCAUCAUUUGUCGAAAAAGCCCAGUAAUGCGGUAUUAACAUUAGCUGGCUUUUGUAUAUUUCUCUUAGUAUUGUGUGUUUUCUUAUUAGGAGCAUUAGUCUAUGUCGGUAGAAAUAUUGUUAAUGAACAAAAUUAUAAAGUAGAUUUCACCUACAACGAUACGAUUGUGUCAGAGGAGGGACAACUAAAUGACAUUUUGCGUUUAUCGACCAAGCCAAUUUUAAGAUUUCGUCCAGUGACACCAACAACACAGUCACCCCACAAGUCGAAGGUUUUUCUUUUUAAUAAGACAACAAUAGCGCCGUCCAUUAUGGCUACAUCAAAGGUUUUACAACAUUUGUCUUUCCGUUUGCCCAGAGAGUUGAGGCCCUUGCGUUAUAAUCUGAUAUUGCAACCGGAUUUGAAAAAUAAAACAUUCAGCGGAAAUGUAACUAUAAGACUGGAAGUAAUUAAACCCAUUUCGUACAUACCUGUGCACUCAAAAUUUUUAUCGGUGGUGACCAAAGAAGUCAUGCAAUUAGGCAAUGAAGAGAAACCUUCACGCAUAAUCACACCGUCACUGACUUUUGAACAUCACCAAUUGGAAUAUUGGGUCACCGAGUUUGCCGAGCCCUUGGAAGUGGGCAAUUAUUCAUUGCAAUUGGCUUUUAAUGGUUCAUUGGUAGAUCGUAUUGUAGGUUUUUAUCAAAGUUCCUAUUUUGACGAGCAACGUAAUGAAAAAAGAUGGAUAGCAACUUCAAAAUUCGAACCUACUUAUGCUCGCCAAGCAUUCCCCUGUUUUGAUGAGCCCUCUAUGAAGGCCAUGUUUACCAUAACUGUAGUAAGACCUACAGGGGACGGUUAUCAUGCACUUUCAAACAUGAAUGUUGAGGAAGAAAAAGAUAUUGGUGGCGGUCUUACCGAAGUCACUUUUGCUGAAAGUGUACCCAUGAGCACGUACUUGGCUUGCUUUAUUGUAUCUGAUUUUGCUCACAAAUCGAAAAUGGUAAAAGGAACUUUAGAAGGUCAAAAUGAUUUUGAAAUGCGUGUAUUCGCAACAGCUGCGCAAGUCGACAAAGUUGAUUAUGCUCUUAAUGUUGGUGCCAGUGUUACUGAAUUUUAUAUUGAUUACUUUAAUAUUUCUUAUCCACUGCCUAAACUCGAUAUGGCUGCUAUUCCUGACUUUGUCUCGGGUGCUAUGGAGCACUGGGGUUUGGUAACAUAUCGUGAAACUGCCUUAUUGUAUGACAAAACUAUUAGUUCGAGUUCUAAUCAACAACGUGUUGCCACAGUCGUAGCCCAUGAAUUGGCUCACAUGUGGUUCGGUAACUUAGUAACAAUGAAAUGGUGGAACGACUUGUGGUUAAAUGAAGGCUUUGCCAGUUAUAUUGAAUAUAAGGGUGUUAAUCAUGUUCAUCCAGAUUGGCAAAUGCUCGAUCAAUUCCUUAUUGCUGACUUGCAUGGUGUAAUGAAACUGGAUGCCACUUUAGCUUCGCAUCCAAUCGUACAAACUGUUGAAAGUCCCAAUCAAAUUACUGAACUUUUUGAUUCCAUCACUUAUUCUAAGGGAGCUUCUAUCAUUCGUAUGUUAGAAGAUUUAGUUGGAGCAGAGAAAUUCCGCAAUGCUACCACUAAUUACUUGAAUAGAUUCUACUAUCAAAAUGCCGAAACUAAUGAUUUCCUUAGUGAAUUGGAAGCAUUAAACUUUGAUUUUGAUGUCAAGUUAAUUAUGCAAACAUGGACUGAACAAAUGGGUUUACCAGUUGUAGAAGUUACGCGUACCGGAAAUAGUUACAAAUUGACACAGAAGAGAUUCUUUGCCAAUCCUGAAGACUACAAUGGCACCUACGAAGAUUCCGAAUUUAAUUAUCAUUGGUCCAUACCAAUAACUUAUUUCACCAGUGCCAACAAUGAAGUUCAACGAGCUAUUUUCAAUUAUAAUGACAAUGAAUUAACUGUUACAACUCCUGCCACCGUUGAUUGGAUUAAAUUCAACAAGGAUCAGGUGGGUUACUACCGUGUUAAUUACCCUACGGAUAUGUGGCAAUCUUUGACAAAGGCCUUGUUCGAAAAUCGUGGUGUCUUUAGUGUCUCAGAUCGUGCCCAUUUGAUAAAUGAUGCUUUUGUUUUGGCUGAUGCUGGCCAAGUCGACUACAGCAUUGCUUUGGAAUUAAGUAAAUACUUAGAAAAAGAGUUGGAUUAUGUACCCUGGAAUGUAGCUGCAUCACGUCUAAGUGCCAUUAAGAAUUUAUUAUACUUUACCGAUUUAUAUCGUGAUUUUGUGGACUACGCCCGUCAGUUACUGAAAACUGCUUACGAAUCAGUGACUUGGAAUGUUGGCGAUGAUCAUUUGCAAAAUCUUUUGCGUGUAACCAUCUUGAAUGCUGCCUGUGGUUACGGCAACUCAGAGGCUUUGGAAGAAGCUGGUAAACGUUUUAACGAGUGGCUGUCCAAUCCAAGUGUUAGACCUAACCCGGACAUUCGUUCUACCGUGUACUACUAUGGUAUGAAAGUUGCUGGUAACGAAGAGACCUGGAAUCAAGUUUUUGAUUUGUUUGUGACUGAACAAGAUGCUCAAGAAAAAGUCAAACUUAUGGAAGCUUUAGCAGCUAUUAAUGAACCAUGGAUAUUGCAACGUUACAUUAACUUGGCUUGGAAUGAAAGCUAUGUAAGAAGUCAGGAUUACUUCAGCUGUCUGCAAUAUAUUGCCCAAAACCGCGUAGGUCAACCUCUAGUGUGGGAUUAUGUGCGUGAAAAUUGGCCACGUUUGGUUGAACGUUUUGGCAUUAAUGAACGUUAUUUGGGACGCAUGAUUCCAUCUAUAACAUCCCGUUUUGCAACACAAACAAAGCUUGAAGAAAUGGAAACAUUCUUUGCAAAAUAUCCAGAAGCUGGAGCUGGCACUGCCGCUCGAAAAGAGGCAUUAGAAAAUGUUAAGAACAACAUUAAAUGGUUGGAACAGAAUUAUAAACCUGUUGGCGAUUGGCUACAAUCCCAAAAAGCUACCGAAGACAGCACUGAAUCAACAACUGCCAAUAGUAUCAAUUAAUUAAUUUAUUAUUGUUGUUGUUUUCAUUAUUAAUCUAUACUAAAGUGGCUUUUUUGUAUAUUAUAAAAGUUUUAUUUCAAUUUCGAUCUGUAUUAUACACUCUUGUCUUCUACAUAUAUACAUAUUAUCUAUCUAUCACCUAACAUUAAUAAGACUUUUUUUAAUCCAUUAUUCAGGUUUAAAAUGUUAAAUAGUAUUUUUUAAUGUAAUAUUAUUUCUUAUUCAAUUUAUAUUUUAUUAUUUUAGGUUAAUAUUGUUUAGUUGCAUGUUUAUAAAAAUUGAAUUUACGUUAUCGAAUUUUGUAUGAGAAAUUGGAAAAAAUAAAUUUAUUAAAAAUUGUUGUAUAUAAA